CCAAGUGACGUUAAUACGGUCCGUAUUUGUGUUGGAAUCAUCAUUUGGCUGUGAGUGUCGAGUGAGCGUGAAACGGAGAAAGUGUGCAUCGAAAAAGAAACGAGAACGAACAACGAAGCUGUGGUGUGUGGUGUGUGUGCGGGAGUGUACCGCGCACUUUUGGCGGUCCCUGCGAGCUGCGACGUAAGUUUGUUGGCCUCUGAGGUCGCGGACUCCCUGUUUUGUAAGCUGUUGUAAAUGUGCUUUUUGAGGCUCCCUGCUGGAGUCCACUGCUGCGGUUGAAUGAUAUCGCGAGCCAUUCGCGUCGAUGGUUGUUUGGCUGUGGAUGCUGUAUAGCUGUUACCACGGAUUGGUUUUGCCUGCACAUCCUACUCAUCCGGGGGAGAGACGCUCGUUGGUUUGGCGGUCGGGGAUGGGACCGACAGUGGAUGAUGAUGUUGAUGAUUGUACCUGGUUGCUGAUGUAUCACAGCCAGAACUGGUUCGAGAGGAUGAGGCUUGGGCUGUGAGGGAAACCGUUUUCGAGUUUAUUUGGUGGUUUUUAUAGGAGAUGAACAAAUUUUAGAACCUCUAAAAAGUGCUAUAAUGUCGGUGGGGAACGAGGACAGUGUUUUUCAGACUGUUGAGUUUGAGCAGCCAACACAGCAACUUGGGGAGUCCGUUGGUGGCAUGGAUCUGCUUGGACAAAGUCAGCUGAUGGAGGGAGCUGUGAUAAUAUUUGAUAACAAUUCUCAAGAAAUUGUCAAAGUAGUCACGAGUACAGAAUCUUCUGUCAAUAUGGAAUCCAUGGAUACCAACGUUGACAUGGAUAGUCUCAUCACAUUACACGCAUCUGAUGCAUCAGCUAAUGCAAAGGAAGAAGAAGUAGUUGAGAAUACGAAUUUGAAUAUGAUGAAUGAGCCAAAAAUUGAUUUGGAUUCAAGUAUUCAAGUAAACGUCAAAAAAGAAGAAACAGUACAAGAUGACGAGCCCACCGAAGAAGGCAAAGAAACGGAAGAUUCAGACGACGAUGAGACAAUUGCUACAUUUGUGACAUCUACAGGGCAACAGUUAGCCCUGUAUGCUGUUGAAAAUUCAGAUCAAGUGUUUGCAGUAGCCUUGUACGAUGAAUCUGGUGAACCCCCAACAAACUUUCAUUUUGUAAUGAAAGAUGACGUUGAAAGAUUGAUAGAGGAAGGUGCAGUGAGAACUGUAAAAAAGAAGUCUGUACAGCCUGUGCAGCUUCAAGAAUCGCAUCCAAUUCAGAAAAACGAUGGCUUAAGUUUUGAGAUAGCACCAGAGAUAAAACCUGUGUUUGAAGUGAGUCAAGAGGUCACACCAAGCCAAGAUACCUCAUCGAGUUCUAAAACUCUUACCAAACAAGAAAUCAUACCGAAGAAAGAUGUCAUAUCCAAUGAGGAAACGCCACCGAAGCAAGAAAUACCAGAGACACCACCUAAACCAGAAAUACAACCAAAUCAAGAAAUAUCAGUAACACCUGCAAAACAAGAAUUAUUAGAAACACCACCCUCUCAAAAGAUACUGACGAAUCUAGAGAUAUCAGAAAUACCUCAAGAACAAGCAACACCAGAAGUAACACCUGAAAUAGAAACAACGCAAAAAUUACCAGUUGCAUCCCCGAAAAAAACAUUAGCUACACCACAAAAACAAAUUACGUCAGAAACACCACCAAUACUAAUAACACCAGGAACACCACAAAAACAAAUAUCAGAAACACCACCAAUACUAAUAACACCAGGAACACCACAAAAACAAAUACCAGAAACACCACCAAUACUUAUAACAUCAGGAACACCACAAAAACAAACACCAGAAACGCCAUCUAAAAAAGUAAUACCUGCAACACCACCGAAACAAGUAAUAACAACAACACUACCGAAACAAGUGAUCCCAGCAACAUCACCAAAACAAGUAAUAACAGCAACACUACCGAAACAAGUGGUCCCAGCAACAUCACCAAAACAAGCAAUAACAGAAAAACCGCCAAAACAAGCAACAACAGAAAAAUCACCAAAACAAGUAAUAGUAGAAAAACCACCAAAACAAGAAAUACCAGGAGAACCAGUAAAACCAACACUCGAAACACCAGCAACAUCUUCGAAACAAGUGAUACCAGAAACACCACCUAAACAAAUAUUGAUAGAUGUACAAACAACAAAAAAUACCUCACCGAAACAAAUAUUGUCGGAUACACCAACAGAACAAAAAAUACUACCGAAACAAGAAACACCUCUGAAACCCGUAUCGCAGGUGAAACAAGUACUUACAGUGAUACCAGAAUCGUCGCCUAAACAAGCACCUGUUUUGAAACAAGUGUCUCGGCCAAAAUUAAUAUCCUCUCCCAAGCAAGUAUAUAUACCAAAGAAGGUAUAUCUGCCAAAGCAAGAUAUCUUGCCAAAAAGAACGAUAGAGGUGAAAAGGGAGAUCAUACAAGUACCAGAACCGAAAAAGGUUCAAAAUGUACAAAAACCGGUUACAGUUUUCAAUCGAGUUCAAACUUAUGGAAAUAAAAAUGUACACAUGGCCAAAUCACCGAUUCCGAGAAAUCCACCUACCAAAGCUGUCAGUAAUAUCUCCAACCUACAGAUAAAGACCAAAUCUGAAACGAGUAUCGCUUACAUCGUGACGGACAAGAAUGAAGCUUACAUUCUUGAUCGUCCUCAAGAAGAAAUAGACAGCGACGUAGAGAUUCUUGAACAGUCGACGGUCCAGUACAUCCUCUGCGACGGAAACUCGGACGACGAGAUGACGUUUGACGAGGUGCAACGUUCCCUGCAGAACUUCAACAAACCCACGACCGUCAGCAAGGCCAAGACUCCCGAGCCUCCGAAACCACAGCCGAAAACCAUCGUCAAGUUUUCGCCCACCGUCAAAACUACGCCUAAACUCGCUCCGAUACUCACUCAAAAGAAACCCGCGGUGACAAAGCCGAUAUCGAUGGCGCCGAUCGUCUACAGAACAUACUCGAACACGCGGAAGCCCGCCGCCAGCCGACCUCCGAGCACCAACAACAUCAUCCACGUGACCAAUCUCAAGAUCAAGAAAGAAUUGAUGGAAGAAAUGGUGCAGGACGAGUUCGACGAGAUGUUUGCCGACGACAGCUACGCGAUCUCGGGCUCGGAGACCGACACCUCGAAAGCCGAGGGCAAGAAGAGCUCCGCAGCCGGGGACGACAGCUCCCAGGGCCCAGCUAAGGUUAAGCGACCGCGCAAGCAGCAACUGACAGCCGUCAAUCGACCGGAUUCCGAGAUCAUCAUCCAAGCUGCGUCCGUCUUCUCCGAGGAGGAGGACGAGCCUGUGGCCGCCAAAAAGCGCGGCCGCAGGAAAAAACGCCUGUCGCCGGAUCCCGACUACAAUCCUCGUCAAGCGGCCAAAAAGUCCAAGCGCUCGGGCCGUUCUUACGAGCUGAUUGAAAUCGACGUCGACGAGGGCGAGCGCUCGGAGGCGACUCCUGACUCCAGCACCCCUGCAACCGCCAGUACCGGUAAAACCAAGGGCUCUAGCGACAAGGAGAACGACGUGAUCAGCCUCGGCUCUUCGGAGGACGAGAACGAGGUGGAAGAAGAAGAGGAGGAGGAGGAGGAAGAAGAAGGAGGGGAGGAGCGAAAGCGGGCCAACCGCAAAAAACCGCGUCGCUUCGGCGACAAGCACUCCUCGCCCGUGCAGUGCAACAACUGCACGCGUGACUUCCGCAACCGGCGCUCGCUAGUGACGCAUUUGAAUACCUGCUCGAAGAAGCCCAAAACCACGCCGGCCAAGAAUUUCACGUGCAAGACCUGCAGCGAUGUGUUCGACGCUGCGCUCAAAUUGGCCAGGCACGUCAGGAUGACCCACUCGCCGAGGAAGCGAGGCAGGCCGGCCAAGAGCUGGUCGAAGGAUGACAGAUCCGAGACCACGACCACGGAGCCAGACGAGGACGAAGAGGAUGCUAGCUUGAGUGAGAACAGUGAGCCCGAACCCGAGCCCAAGCGCAGGAAGCGCGGGCGGCCGCCGAGUAAGAAAAAAAUCACCAAAGAGGAGAGUCCAACGUCGGAUCUCUCGCUGAAGAAACGAGGCAGGCCAACUUCGAGGAAAAGCUUGGUGAAGGAACGCUCGCAGUCUACGGAGCUUGACGAGAAAAAGGUGGCCGAGCCACGCAAAAGGGGCAGACCGAGGAAGAAGAGUAUAUCUUCCAAGGACGAGAGGUCGAUCAGUCCCGAGAACAAAGGGAAAAGUGAGCGGGCCAUUGCUCAGAUUCCAAAGAAACGCGGCAGGACGUUGAAAACCGUUUCGAAGGACGGCAGGUCGUCGGCUUCGCCGGAAUUGGAGAUGAAGAGCGAUGCCGCGGCUGCCGAGGACGAUGAAGAGCCUCUGAAAAAAGAAGAGGUAGCCAAGGGGUCCGCGAGUUCGAAGAGUGAGGAGAAGUCGGCAGAGUCGAAGCCGGAGGCUUGUGAACCGGCGACGCCAGAGCCUCAGGAGAAAGAUGGCGCGUCUGAGCCUUUGCAGCCCAAAGUCAGCGAGGACAAAGGUACGACUGAGAUUUCUGCGGAUACCAUAGAGGAAAAAGCAGAGGAAAAAAACAAAAAAUCGACGGAUGACGAUGAGUUUGACAAAGAUGUCAAUUUGAAGGACAGCGAUAAACCUGCAACGCAAGAAGAUAAAAGCGGGAAUGACACCAAGGGAGAAGCUGCUGUCAAGGAAAAAGAUAAUGAGCUGUUGGAAGAUGAGCCACGUACUUCUGAAUCCACCAUCAAAGGCGAGAGUGCAAUAAAAGAGGACUCGGAUUUGCAAACGACCAGUGAACAGACUGAAGAAAAGUCCUCGGAAGAGCAAAACACUGGUACUCCUAAAGGCGAUGCAGAAACUUCUUUGGAACCUCGCAGAAGAGGUCGAUCCGCCAAAGAAGAAGCCUCAAAAGACUUGAAGACUUCAGAAACAGAGGAUGGCUCGGAAACUGCCACGAAGAACAAACCAACCGAGGAGAAAUCCUCGACGGACGGCAACAGGUUGACUCCCGAGUUGGGGGAUGAGUCUGAAAUUGCAUGCGAGACUCAAACGGCGGAAAAAUCAACCGAGGAAGACGAGUUACCAAAGGAUGAUGAAGCUACGACUUCCAAGCCGGAAAAAAACGAGAAUCAAACGGAGUCUCGAAAGAGGGGCCGGCCUGUCAAAGAUAGGUCGAAAAGUGACGGCGACAAGCCGGAGUCGGAAGCUUCGGACGCUGAGGUGGCCAAGAAAAUGAAAAUUGAAAGCGAAAAGGACGAGAUCGAGGUAAAGGAAGAAAUGACUCCGGAAAAAAAAACAGAGCUCGAGGACGUUUCACAGGAAGAUGAAGCAAACGCCGACAAGAAGCUGACUACGAGUACCGGCGGUCGGUCGUGGAAAGUGAAGAAGCUGAAUUGUUUGCUUUGUGGAAAGUGGUUCUCGAGUGCUACUGCACUUGAUACUCAUCGCUUGCAGCACAGGACUAAAAAAACCGGCACGUUGGUGCAGCGCUGCCGGCUGUGCAAGAACUUUGUGCCAGUCGAGGCGUUCGCCAAGCACAUGUCGACGGCGCACAAGAAGACGGCGAUAGUAACACCGGCGUCAUUGACAGCGCCGGCGAAAGCGGCGUCGCAGCAACAGACGGCAGCGGGAGCGCAAUCGAAGCGACUCGUGCGCAAAAUCGUCGUCAGUUCGGCGGACAUUAAGAGGCCGAAUGUGCGUCAACUGCGUUCGUCGAAUUGAAAAAAUUUUUCCUUUAGUUUCUUUCUCUUAACGCGAAGUCGAGGACCUUGCUUUUGUCGCAUAUACAUAUGCCGGGUGUGAAAAACGGGCUUGUUGAAAAAGUAAGAAAAAAAAAGAGCGACUUGUACCUUUUUUCUGUUGUUGAGAUCUUACGUAAGUUGCUACAGUAAUUUUGUUUCAAGCAUGAAAACUUGUUGACCUGCGGUGGAUGAUUAAAAUAAUUUUAAUUAGUUUCGUAUCAAUAGAUGGAGGUCAUUGAUAAAGUGAAAAUUUUUUAAUUUAUUGAAUAUUUGUUCAAAAUAAGUUCAAAGGAAUUUACAAAAUUAAAACUGACAUCAAUCCUCACAUAUAGUUUUGUGCUCGGAACGAUUAAAAUCCACCACCAGCAACUAAAAUCUGUGGGAUGUUUUUUUCUCAUUUUUCUAGAUUGAUGGAUCCGUCAAAGCUGUCUGAAUUCGCUCUUCUUUUUUUUUACUUGAAAACUUAACUUCUUUCGAUGUUAUCUAGUUUUUGCAACACCAAUAAAAUCAUAGUACGUCCUUUAAAGAUUUUUUUUCCAUUCUUGACUUUAUCGAUUGUGUAUAAUAUCAAAUAGGAAUCAUCAUUAUUUUAGUACGUAACAAAAUAAUAAUUUAUCAAUGUAUCUAGCACAUUUUUGUUAAUGUGUUUGCAAGACAAUUUUAUAAGCUGAUUGUUACUUUUUGUGUAAAAAAAAAAUUAGUAUACUUAAUAUGCAAAUGAAUUUGUAAGUGUAGAAUAACGAAACUUUUGAAAAUAUUGGUUAGAUAAAUUGUGAUUUUUAGUAUCAUAGGAACUAUUGCAAAAUCAAGACAAAUGUGCAUUAUUUUUCAAUUUUAUUGAUUCAAAAGUAAUAAAACUUUGUUUUAUGAUAGUACGCCUGGUUAUUUUCAAAAACAUCUAAGCGAUCAUUUUCAAAGGCGUAGAUUCUCAAUCAUUGCGUAACGAAUAAUUUGGAUUUUACUAAAAACUUUGAAAUUCUUGCUCCGUUUCUCCAACUGUAUUUUACUUUGGUUACAAUGACUAGUAAAUAUAAUUGGCUACAUGUAUAGAUGGGACAUUAACAAACAUUUAUAAUUAAUACAAUCAUAUUACUCUGUUGUGAAAAAUAUAUCAUCUAAAGAGAAGAUUAGGUACAAAACUUGGAAUCAAUGAAUAUGAACUUUUACACCGGAGACUGUAAAUAAUCGUGAAAAAAUUUAUAUAAAUAAUUAUUUUUUAAAAUUUAUCAGUUAACAGUGUUUUUUUA